AUGGGUAACUCGAGAUUGGUUAGUAACAGAUUGGUUUUUGAGGAGUUAUCUUAUGAUUGUGAUGUCUUAAAACAAGAAGCGGAAUAUUUGUCUUCUAAACUAACUGAUGAGCAAAGAGUUAUAUGCAAUACAAUGCUUGAAGACAUUUCAUGUAAUCUAGGUGGUUUAUUUUUUGUUUAUAGCUAUGGUGGGAAUGGAAAAACUUUCUUAUGGAGAGCGUUGUCAUCGACAUUGCGUGCUAAAAGGCAAAUUGUUUUAAAUGUUACGUCAAGUGACAUAGCUUCUUUAUUGCUUCUAGGUGGACGAACUGCUCACUCAAGAUUUGCAAUACCAAUUGCAAUCAAUGAAGACUCAACAUUGGUACUAGGUGGGGAUUUCAGGCAAAUACUACCAGUUGUGCCUAAGGGUACAAUACAAGAUAUUGUAUCUGCAGCGGUUAAUUCAUCUUAUAUGUGGAACAAUUGCGAAGUUUUAAAGCUUACAAAAAACCUGCGUCUAAGCGCUGCUCCGCAUGAGGUUGAUAAACAAAAGCUAGAAGAUUUUGCUAAUUGGAUUGCUGAUAUCGGAGAUGGAAAGACGGGUGGACCAAAUGAUGGAUAUGUAGAAGUAGAAAUCCCAAAGAACAUGCCUCUACCGUCUGAUGGGAAUCAUAUUUCAACAAUUGUGAAAAACACAUUUCCGAUGUUUGUUAAUGGGAAUUCUAAUCAUACUUUUGUGGAAGGUCAGGCUAUACUAUCAUCAAUACUAGAUGUGGUAAAUCAAGUAAAUGAAUAUAUGAGUGCGUUGCAUACUUCUGAGAGCAGAACAUAUUUUAGUUGUGACAACGUUUGCAAAGCCGAUGCAGAUAAUGGUAUACUUGGUGACGUACACACCCCAGAAUUAUUAAACGGGAUUAGAGUGUUAGGUUUACCAAACCAUACAUUGACUUUGAAAAUUGGGUCGCCAGUUAUGUUGAUGAGGAAUAUUGACCAUAGUGUUGGUUUGUGUAAUGGUACUAGACUGAUAAUCACCAAGUUAGCUGACCGUAUUAUUGAGGCCGAGAUAAUGACUGGUGCUAACAGAGGAACAAAAGUUUUGAUUCCACGAAUGUCUAUGUCACCAUCCGACCUAAGGUUGCCCUUCAAGUUUCAACGAAAACAAUUUCCAUUGAUGUUAUCAUAUGCAAUGACCAUUAACAAAAGUCAGGGUCAAACUCUAUCACAUGUAGGAUUGUUACUAAAAAAUCGAUUUUUGUACAUCGCCAGUUGUACGUUGCUGCAUCUCGGAUUAACAAUCCCGAUGGUUUAA